UCAAAAACAAGAAUGGCGACAAUCAGGCCAAAGCGGAAGCGCGAAAUUCAAGAUGAUUUGCUUGACUAUGUGGACAAUUUCCAAUAUUUUCGUGCUUUGGAUAGUAAAAAGAGGAGACGUUCAACAGGCAGUGUUUUGAAACCGGUGAAAGAGAAUGUAUGUGUAAAGGAGGCAAGGACAUCAGUACAAAAGGUUAAUGCUGAACUUAAAGUGGAAGACUUUCGAUCACCACUCAAACCAGGCACCAGUGGGUUGGUGACACCGUUUAAAACAUGGCGCAACACUCUACGGGGACAAAUGAGGAGGUCAUUUCACAAGAAAAUCCUGAAGGGCAUGACAAAUUAUGACCUUCCCUAUCUUGGUACAGAAGACCUGAAGCGAUUUUCUAAAGAAUGUCAGAAAGACAAGCAAGUGGACCUAGAGCUACAGCAGAAGAUUGACCAUGAAAUCAAGAUGCGAGACGGCACGGCCAAACUCCUGGCCGCCUCCAAACACCCAGCGCAGAUGUUGGAGGCAGCCAAGAACCUGUUGUCCUCCAACCACAGGAUGAUAGCUUACAUGUCAGAGCUACAGAAACGCAAGACAGAUGAAGUGAUGGGGAAGAAACAAUCCACGGCAGGCAACCAGGUGCCCUGUAAAGGAAGAGUAGGCAUCUCAGACCUACGCAUUCCUCUAAUGUGGAAGGAUUCAGAUCAUUUCAAGAACAAAGGAGUAUUAUGGCAGCAUGUGUGUGAGAAUAAAAUGACCAUCAAACCACCGAAUGAAAACAAGAUUCCCACCUUUAUGAGGAAAGGUUCAGCCUCUUCAACACAUGGAGAUAUCCCAUAUGGAAGUACACCCUCUGUGAAGAAGACCCACACAUCCUCUGUCACAGCCCAAGAUGACCACCCAGAAUUCUCCCCACUGACCCUCAUGUUACGGCGGUUGACCAGUGAGGAUGACCAACAUGUCCAGCCAUGCUAUGGACGGUCCAGGCACUCCAGUAGGACCAGUAGUACCAGCGACAGCAGGGACAGUUCUGAAUUGUAGACAUUAACUUCCUGUUGUUAACAAAGCCUAGCAAGGGCUUCCCUGUUCUGGCUCAAAGACAAACUUCAUAUGAACAUGGUUAACACAGCCUAGCAAGGGCUUCCCUGUUCUGAGCUCUACAAACUAUGUAUAAAAAACAUGGCCCUGGCCUGUGACAUAUGAUGGGUGCACUGACCAUGAAGGACGUGGAUCAGUUUUGGUGCUAAAAUGGAGGCCAGGUAUCCCACAAUGCUCUGCAACAAAGACAGAAUCUCAUUCUGAAGUAGAAAGUACAAGCCAUGUGGCAGAAGUAUGCCAAAUCAAUUCAUGUCAAGUUUGCAGUGUUUUCUUAUUAAUUGUUGCCGUUUAGAGUGAAAUGUACUAGGGCAUUGUAUAUGUCUGAGAAAAAGUUAAAUUGUUCUUUGAUUUCAGAUUCAGUCUUCUUCCAUCGUACCUUUUUGUUUUAUGUGCUUUUAGACUGUUUUUAUUUUAUUGAUGGAGGUUUUCAAGUAUAAACAAAGUAUUUUGUGCCAAUGGAGCAUGGACUCGACAACAAUUAGUAAUCAAGGCAUUGAGUGUCUACAGAGAUCUAGUAUUGUACUAUUUCACUCUGACAUGCAGAACAAAGGAAAUGUGAUUUUCAUAAACACGAAGUGGUUAUUUGCUUGAACUCUUCUUAAGCAGAAAUGUGUACCUAGUUUAAGAAUACAUUUUAACAUACCCUCAGUUUUGGGUAUACUGUAGCCUUUUUCAUUGAUUCAGAUUUGUUUCAUUGUGGUCAUGAAUUGUUUACUUUUAAGGUUGCCUUUCGUAUGUUCUUCCAACAUUUUUUUAACAAUUAAGUUUUAUAAGAGCUUUUUUAUGUGAUUUACAUGGAGGAAGAUUUUAUCUAGUCAUUUUCUAACGAUGGUCAAUGUGUCCUGGAUAAUUGUCAUUGUGAGCAUUCCAGGAAAAGAUAUCCCUGUUCACCAUGUAAGCUUGUGUGAGGACAGAUAUCAUUGUUCACCAUGUUAGCAUGUGUGAGGGCAGAUAUCAUUGUUCACCAUGUUAGCAUGUGUGAGGGCAGAUAUCAUUGUUCACCAUGUUAGCAUGUGUGAGGGCAGAUAUCAUUGUUCACCAUGUUAGCAUGUGUGAGGGCAGAUAUCAUUGUUCACUAUGUUAGCGGAUGUGAGGGCAGAUAUUUAUAUAGUGCAGCAGUAUAAUACUGUAUUUCCUGAUAACAUUCACUGUAUUUCUAUGUAAUACCCUCAAUUGUAAAUAUAACCAUUAUUUAUAUCA